CAUCCACCUUCCUUUUCCCGCACACAGUAGAUCCUCGGAUCUACGCCAAUACCAGAAACAACACCAAACUAAAGCACGAUGCCUUCCCCCCAGAACGUCUACACCGCUCUCUCCCUCAUCUCCCUCGGCGGUCUCGUCGGCAUGGGCGUGGCCGUCGGCUCCGGAGUCUCCAUGAUGGCCAUGGCCAUGGCGGAGGAGGAGGCGAAGAUGGUCGCGCCCUCCGUCGUCGAGAAGCCCUCCACCUCGCGUGGAUUCGCCGCGUCCGUCACCGAGCGCCGCUAAGCGCCCGCGACGCCGGGCCCCCGCGUCUUGGCGCGGAACGACAUGAACCGUCACUUCACUCUGUGUCGGUUCGCGUCGUCCCGCGCGAAGACGCGGGAGACCGCGACCGCGCCGUUGUAUCCUGUAUCAAGACCCGAAGGAUUCAUUCCCAAAAUACCAUGAGAGAACAUAUUUUCGAGGGAGAGCGAGGCGAUAGAUGGGCGCCACAUCAUCAUCAUCCACACCACCCGACGGCCGGCGUUCCGGCGGAGGCGUACGACGCCCCCGUCGGUCGCGCCGCGUCUCACACCCAUCCUGUACCACACCACCCAAAAGCAGACAAAAACAAAACGCUCAAAUUCCCGGCUGCUGACGGAUUUCGCAUCACAUCGCCGCGUAUAUUACCAAACGGCGAGCGCAUUCGCUGGAACUCACACCACACGCCAGUCGUCACCCGGCGCUGGUCGGAGGUCCAUCACGUACAACAUCAUGUGCUUUAUCACUUCCCAAAGUUUGAUGGUUUCUUCUAUUGACAGUAGGUAGUCAACGUUAGCUAGCUACUACUCAAUCGACGAAUCAACAUAUCACGUCAAAA